CUACCACCUCUCUCUCUCUCUCUCACAGACACACACACACACACACAGUUCGAGACUGAGUGAGUGGAAGGAACAAGAGAAGCAACGAACAAAAUCGCGAAUGGCGAUCGCCGCCACGUUCAAUCCGUCGACACUCUAUAUCGGUUUCUCAAAGCUCAAUUACCAGUGUUCAUCCUACGCCUCUCCUUUUAUUGCCCGUCCCAUCGCCACCACCGCAUCCGUCUCCAGCUUCCCGCUGACAUGGAAGGCGAAGCGGAGUCGGAAGCCUAUGGUUGUACUCGUCUCGUCCGGUGACGGUACCGGUGGUCGAAAUGGCGGGAAUUAUGGUGGCGGUGGUGGCGGAGGAGGUGGUCAUGGCGGAGGAGGAGGAGAUGCCGGAGACAAGAACAAAACAGAGGCGCUUCUGGCGCUGGCGGAAAUUGGGAGGUCUUUAGAUAGUAUUCCCUCGGAUCUGGCAGCGGCGAUUGACGCUGGAAGGAUUCCGGGGGAGAUUGUAUACCGUUUCUUUGAGUUGGAGAAGUCGCCGGUUUUCCGGUGGUUGCUUAAGUUUGGGGGAUUUAAGGAACGAUUGUUGGCCGAUGACCUCUUCCUGGCUAAGGUCUCCAUGGAAUGUGGCGUUGGAAUUUUCACUAAGACUGCUGCAGAGUAUGAACGACGUAGGGAGAAAUUUGUCAAGGAGCUGGAUUUUGUUUUUGCUGACGUGGUAAUGGCCAUAAUUGCAGAUUUUAUGCUUGUUUGGCUUCCUGCUCCUACAGUUUCUCUUCGGCCACCUCUUGCAGUCAGUGCUGGAUCUAUUGCAAAGUUCUUCCACAAUUGUCCUGAUAAUGCCUUUCAGGUAGCAUUGGCUGGAACAUCCUACUCAUUUUUACAGAGAAUAGGAGCCAUAGUGCGUAAUGGAGCCAAGCUUUUUGCAGUUGGAACCAGUGCAUCUCUGGUUGGAACAGGUAUAACAAAUGCCUUGAUAAAUGCAAGAAAGGCAAUUGACAAGUCUUUUGCUGGCGAAGCUGAGGAUGUCCCUAUAUUAUCAACUAGUGUUGCCUAUGGUGUCUAUAUGGCUGUUUCUAGCAACCUUAGGUACCAAGUACUGGCUGGUGUUAUUGAACAACGAAUUUUGGAACCCUUUUUACACCAUCAAAAGCUUAUAUUGAGUGCAAUCUGCUUUGCUGUCCGGACAGGCAACACAUUCUUGGGGUCAUUGCUGUGGGUGGAUUAUGCUCGUUGGGUGGGAAUUCAAAAAAUGCGAGAGUAAAUGAAGCAAAACAUAAAGCAUAGAUCUCAUUGCUUUGUGUCAUUAUUUAAGCUUGCAAUUUUCGUUUCUUUUAUUUUUUCUUUUUCUCCAUUGGAUGUUGGCUAUUGCUGAAAUUUAAUAAGAGGUAAAGGGAAAAAUAUCUUCCAUGCAUCUGAAUUUCAUAAAGAAAAUGAUACACUAUGCUUCUAGCUUUGAGCAUUUAAUUGUUGCAUAAAUUAGGUUAAAGGAAUAAAUCUUUGGGUCAUGGAUAUUGGAAGAA